UAGAAGGGGUAACGCCUCCGCCCGGGUGCCCACCGAACCGCUUAUUUGUGCCGGAGGGAUUAAGGUCCAACGUUAUCCAGUGGGGACAUUGCUCUAAUGUGGCUUGCCAUCCAGGGGUUAACCGUACUAGAUUUUUAGUCAAGCAACGAUUCUGGUGGCCACUUAUGGCUCGCGACAUUCACAAUUUUGUUUUGGCUUGCUCGGUAUGUGCCACUGGUAAGGCUUCCAAUCGGUCCCCGGAUGGGUUACUCCAACCGCUGCCGGUACCUUCGAGACCCUGGUCCCAUAUCGCACUAGAUUUUAUUACCGCCCUCCCAGGGCAACACGGUUGUUUUAACCGUGGUGGACCGGUUCUCGAAGGCCGCCCAUUUUAUUCCUUUGGCCAAGUUGCCCUCAGCCAAGGAGACAGCGUUGACCGUCAUAGACCACGUCUUUCGUUUACAUGGCCUCCCGAUAGACGUGGUUUCUGACAGAGGACCCCAAUUUGUGUCUAAAUUUUGGCGAGAAUUCUGUAAAUUACUAGGAGCGACUGUAAGUCUGUCCUCAGGGUUUCACCCCCAGAGCAAUGGCCAGACCGAGAGAGCCAACCAAGAUUUGGAAAGGGUGUUGCGAUGUUUGGUCUCCAAGAAUCCUUCCUCCUGGAGCCAACAAUUGUCUAUGGUGGAGUACGCCCACAAUACCUUACCAGUAUCGGCUACGGGCCUAUCUCCUUUUGAGUGUAGUGUAGGGUACCAGCCACCAAUUUUUCCCAGUAUGGAAUCCGAGGUUGCGGUCCCCUCCGUUCACGCCUUCGUCCAGAGGUGCCACCGCACUUGGACCAGAGCCCGCGAGACUCUACUCCAAGUGGGGGCGCGCACCAAGGCCAAAGCCGAUCGCCACCGGUCUAGGCCUCCCGUAUACGUCGUGGGUCAAAAGGUGUGGCUUUCUACUAAGAACAUUCCUCUCCGUUCCGUUUCUAAUAAACUGGCUCCCAAAUUUAUCGGCCCGUUUACUGUCACCAAGAUCAUUAGUCCGGUGACAGUCCGCCUCAAACUCCCUCCGACGUACAGGAGAAUUCACCCCGCCUUUCAUGUAUCCAAAAUAAAGCCUGUAUUUUAUUCUCCCAUUAAUCCGCCUACCCCGGUCCCUCCCCCGCCGCUUCUCGUAGAUGGGGAGACCACUUAUUUGGUUAAUCGUAUUCUGGACUCUAGAAGGAGGGGACGCGGAUUUCAGUACUUGGUGGACUGGGAGGGUUACGGUCCGGAGGAGAGAAGUUGGGUACCUGCUAGGGACAUCCUGGAUCAUUCCCUUAUCGAUGAUUACAAUCGACAGGUAAGAGAUUCUGGGGACGCCAGGAGGCGUUCUUAGGAGGAGGGGUACUGUCACGGUUCGUGAAUGCACCGUCUCCAGCUGUAGUCAGGUUACGUCAUGUUGAUUGUUUCAUGUGGGUGUGGUCGCUGAUCACUGAUCAGCGGCAGGUGCGGCUAGUUCCCACAGACUAUUUAACACCCUGUCUUUCGUUUCCUGUUUGUCUGAUCGUUGUUUGUAGAUCCUGGUGUUUGAUGUCGUGUUCGUGUUGUUCCUGCCUUGCCUUGUCGCCGUUCUGUUCGGAUCCUGUCGUCACGCUUGGAAUACACUCACCACUAUUGGAUUAUCACCG